AUGCCUUACGUGCGAAAACAUACCUCACCCCCUCAUGCAGAUACAGGACUAUCCCACGUCCCCAGAUACAGGACUAUCUCACGUCCCCAGAUACAGGACUAUCUCACGUCCCCAGAUACAGGACUGUCUCACGACCCCAGAUACAGGACUGUCUCACGUCCCCAGAUACAGGACUAUCUCCCGUCCCCAGAUACAGGAGUGUCUCCCGUCCCCAGAUACAGGACUAUCUCACGACCCCAGAUACAGGACUAUCUCACGUCCCCAGAUACAGGACUAUCUCACGUCCCCAGAUACAGGACUAUCUCACGUCCCCAGAUACAGGACUAUAUCACGUCCCCAGAUACAGGAGUGUCUCCCGUCCCCAGAUACUGGACUAUCUCACGUCCCCAGAUACAGAACUAUCUCACGUCCCCAGAUACAGAACUAUCUCACGUCCCCAGAUACAGGACUAUCUCACGUCCCCAGAUACAGGACUAUCUCCCGUCCCCAGAUACAGGACUAUCUCACAUACAGGACUAUCUCACGUCCCCAGAUACAGGACUAUCUCCCGUCCCCAGAUACAGGACUAUCUCACGUCCCCAGAUACAGAACUAUGUCACGUCCCCAGAUACAGGACUAUAUCACGUCCCCAGAUACAGAACUAUCUCACGUCCCCAGAUACAGGACUGUCUCACGUCCCCAGAUACAGGACUAUCUCACUUCCCCAGAUACAGGACUAUCACACGUCCCCAGAUACAGGACUAUCUCACGUCCCCAGAUACAGAACUAUGUCACGUCCCCAGAUACAGGACUAUAUCACGUCCCCAGAUACAGAACUAUCUCACGUCCCCAGAUACAGGACUGUCUCACGUCCCCAGAUACAGGACUAUCUCACUUCCCCAGAUACAGGACUAUCUCACGUCCCCAGAUACAGAACUAUCUCACGUCCCCAGAUACAGGACUAUCCCACGUCCCCAGAUACAGGACUAUAUCACGUCCCCAGAUACAGAACUAUGUCACGUCCCCAGAUACAGGUCUAUCUCACGUCCCCAGAUACAGGACUAUCCCACGUCCCCAGAUACAGGACUAUAUCACGUCCCCAGAUACAGGACUAUCCCACGUCCCCAGAUACAGGACUAUCACACGUCCUCAGAUACAGAACUAUCUCACGUCCCCAGAUACAGAACUAUGUCACGUCCCCAGAUACAGGACUAUAUCACGUCCCCAGAUACAGAACUAUGUCACGUCCCCAGAUACAGGACUAUAUCACGUCCCCAGAUACAGAACUAUGUCACGUCCUCAGAUACAGAACUAUCUCACGUCCCCAGAUACAGAACUAUCUCACGUCCCCAGAUACAGAACUAUCUCACGUCCCCAGAUACAGGACUAUGUCACAUACAGAACUAUGUCACGUCCCCAGAUACAGGACUAUAUCACGUCCCCAGAUACAGGACUAUAUCACGUCCCCAGAUACAGGACUAUCUCACGUCCCCAGAUACAGAACUAUCUCACGUCCCCAGAUACAGAACUAUCUCACGUCCCCAGAUACAGGACUAUAUCACGUCCCCAGAUACAGGACUAUAUCACGUCCCAGGAUACAGGACUAUCUCACGUCCCAGGAUACAGGACUAUCUCACGUCCCCAGAUACAGGACUAUAUCACGUCCCCAGAUACAGGACUAUAUCACGUCCCCAGAUACAGAACUAUCUCACGUCCCCAGAUACAGAACUAUCUCACGUCCCCAGAUACAGAACUAUCUCACGUCCCCAGAUACAGGACUAUCUCACGUCCCCAGAUACAGGACUAUCUCACGUCCCCAGAUACAGAACUAUCUCACGACCCCAGAUACAGGACAAUCUCACGUCCCCAGAUACAGGACUAUCUCACGUCCCUAGAUACUGGACUAUCUCACGUCCCCAGAUACAGGACUAUCUCACGUCCCCAGAUACAGGACUAUCUCUCGUCCCCAGAUACAGGACUAUCUCACGUCCCCAGAUACAGGACUAUCUCACGUCCCCAGAUACAGGACUAUCUCACGUCCCCAGAUACUGGACUAUCUCACGUCCCCAGAUACAGGACUAUCUCACGUCCCCAGAUACAGAACUAUCUCACGUCCCCAGAUACAGGACUAUCUCACGUCCCCAGAUACAGGACUAUCCCACGUCCCCAGAUACAGAACUAUCUCACGUCCCCAGAUACAGGACUAUGUCACGUCCCCAGAUACAGGACUGUCUCACGUCCCCAGAUACAGAACUAUCUCACGUCCCCAGAUACAGAACUAUCUCACGUCCCCAGAUACAGAACUAUCUCACGUCCCCAGAUACAGGACUAUAUCACGUCCCCAGAUACAGGACUGUCUCACGUCCCCAGAUACAGAACUAUCCCACGUCGCCAGAUACAGGACUAUCGCACGUCCCCAGAUACAGGACUACCUCAUGUCCCCAGAUACAGAACUAUCUCACGUCCCCAGAUACAGAACUAUCUCACGUCCCGAGAUACAGGACUAUCCCACGUCCUCAGAUACAGGACUAUCUCACGUCCCCAGAUACAGGACUAUCUCACGUCCACAGAUACAGGACUAUCUCACGUCCCCAGAUACAGGACUAUCUCACGUCCCCAGAUACAGGACUAUGUCACGUCCCCAGAUACAGGACUAUCUCACGUCCCCUGAUACAGGACUAUCUCACGUCCCCGGAUACAGGACUAUCUCACGUCCCCAGAUAUAGGACUAUCUCACGUCCCCAGAUACAGGACUAUCUCACGUCCCCAGAUACAGAACUAUCUCACGUCCCCAGAUACAGGACUAUCUCACGUCCCCAGAUACAGAACUAUCUCACGUCCUCUGAUACAGGACUAUCUCACGUCCCCAGAUACAGGACUAUCUCACGUCCACAGAUACAGGACUAUCUCACGUCCCCAGAUACAGAACUACCUCACGUCCCCAGAUACAGGACUAUCUCACGUCCCCAGAUACAGGACUGUCUCACGUCCCCAGAUACUGGACUAUCUCACGUCCCCAGAUACCGGACUAUCUCACGUCCCCAGAUACGGGACUAUCUCACGUCCCCAGAUACAGAACUAUCUCACGUCCCCAGAUACAGGACUAUCUCGCGUCCCCAGAUACAGGACUAUCUCACUUCCCCAGAUACAGGACUAUCACACGUCCCCAGAUACAGGACUAUCUCACGUCCCCAGAUACAGGACUAUCUCACGUCCCCAGAUACAGAACUAUCUCACGUCCCCAGAUACAGGACUAUCUCACGUCCCCAGAUACAGAACUAUCUCACGUCCCCAGAUACAGAACUAUGUCACGUCCCCAGAUACAGGACUAUCUCACGUUCCCAGAUACAGGACUAUCUCACGUCCUCAGAUUUAGAACUAUCUCACGUCCCCAGAUACAGGACUGUCUCACUUUCCCAGAUGUAG